ACUCACAAAUUAAUCUCGAUUACUCAGUUUGCAGUGAGGCGGUCGUGCAUUUGGAAGGAAGAAAUCAAUUUGCUAUCCUUGUUGAAAACAAAAAUCGAGUCAGUACUAUUAACAAUAUAAUGAAGUUGUUCUGGCUGCUAAUGUUGGUUCCCGCUUGGGUGGGGGCCACGGACAAAAGACUAUGCCCAGAGGGUUACCGCUACGGUGGAGAGGACACCCCUGAACACGCCUUGAACAAAUCGGGCAAUGCUCUGGUCAGUCGAGAUAUUUGGUAUGAGGAGGCAGAUCGAUCUCCGGUCUACAGUUGCUACAAAGUCAUUGGGCAUAGGAAGUCCUGGUUGGAGGCCAUGCACCAAUGCUGGGACGAUGAUGCGCAAUUGGUGAGCACUGAGGACAAUUUCGAAAUCGUUAGAAUCGUCAGGUUGUUUUUCUCGGAACAUCCUAACCCUCCCGAAAACGGUCUCCCUGACGAACCCCGAUCCAAGGAUAACAACGCGUUUUUCACCUCAGGCCUGUACCAAUAUGACGUAAAGGAAUGGAAAUGGUUGGGAUCAGAGAACGAUUUCCGGGAUGAUCUGGAAAUUAACCAAGAUUUGCAUAAUGGCAUCGGCGGUGGAACCCAAAACGAAUACCGCGAUUGUUUGGCUCUCACCCAAGAUGGACCCAGCUUACACUUGACUGCCGUUCCUUGCAACUAUGAGAACCAAUUCAUCUGCGAGGCCCGAGUUCAAACCGUGACUUAUUACACGUGGUUCGUGGCCAAUUGGGUGGACUUCCUGCUCGGCUUCCUCCUGAUCAUUUUGUUUGUGUCAUUGUGUGUAUCUCUUUGCUCGUUCUCGUCCACCAAGACCCACCGAGGACAGACCGGACCCAUCGGACGUCGUCCCAGGACCACUGACCCCAACUCUCAAUUUGCCGUAGGUACCGUGGACAUGCCUCCCAGUUAUGAGACCACAGUAAAGAUUCAUCGACCAGAUGAGCAGGCCAGCGAGCUCCCCGCCAAAUUGAACAAUGGGAAUGCUCCCCAAACCCGGAUGGAACAAAUCCAAAACCGCGGCCGAGAAGUCAUGGGAAAAUUGUACAUUUACAGAAAGUAAUUCGAGUAUUCGUGGAAGAAUUUAGUUUCUGAUCCAGACUGGAUAAAUUCAAAUAAAAGUUAAUUACAGACGGA